ACGUCAGCAGCCGAUGUAGGGAAAACGUCAUGGCGUUAGACGUACGUUUGGAAAAAAAGCGCGAGUGAACAGAAAAAUGCCUGAAAUUCUGAACUGAAUUAACCAGAGACUUGGUUGUUUACUAUAAUUUACAAAACUUUAGUUGUUUAAAGUGUCAGGAUGUCGCUGCUGAAGCCGUUUAGUAAGCUGCCGGGUUUGUGCACAGCGAACAUAUUGCUGGUGGAGAGUGAGGAGCAGUUUCAGCAGAGUUUAGCAGACGCUCUGAUGGAGGAGACCGCUGUCACUGUGAAUGUGAGACUAGCUAAGAAUCUGCCUCUGCCCAUGAAGAAUGAGGAGAGCCGUCCUAGGAUAGACCUGGUGGUGUUUAUCAUCAACCUGACCUCGGAGCUCAGUUUCCAGUCAGCAGAAGCUUCCCUGAAAUUUUUGGACCCUGGAUAUUUCCUUGGAAAAGUCUGCUUCCUAGUCACUAAUGCUCGUAAUGCUUCGGUCCCCACGGAGCGCCUGGACGCUGUCAGAAAGCUGGCGGCAUCACUGCACUGCCCCUUGCUGUUUGCAGAAGAUCAGACACCAGAUGGUGUGACCAAUGCUACAGAGAGGCUGCUGACCAUCCUGAAGGUGGCGGCCGGCCUUGUUCCCAUGGCUACCGCUCUCUACCUGUCCAACCUGACUCGCUGCACUGUGCCCCCAGACAUCGACCAGCCGAGCUUUGAUUAGUUCCUGUGGCCGUUUUCUCUGGAGGCAUGUCUUGUCUGACUUUUUGUGUAUAUAUUUAUUUGUACUAGUCUAUUGUGACUGCACUUUCCAGUUUGAUGGCACAAUAGCGUGCUAUUUCCUCUAUUCAUUUUACAUUACAUGUUUGUGCUUUGGCUUCUAGCUGCUGCAGUUUGUCUUCUCCCUGCAGUUUUCCCUAAAAGCACAUCAUCAGAACUGGUAACUGAAGAUUUGAAAUGUUAAUCCUUGUGCUAGAACUAGAGACCAUAUAAAUAUAUUGUAACUCACUUAGUU